CGAAAACAACUUCCACCCCAGUUUCCUCAACCGAUGUCGUCAGUGACAUCAAAGCAUUUAUACCCAGGAUACGUAUAUUCGUGAUCUAAAAUAAAAUCCUGGAAAUCAAAUGGGCGGGAUUUAUGAAAAUUGAAGCACCUUGACCUAAUUAGCUAUAGUUAAAGCCCCAAAUCAGAUUGAAGAAAAUGGAUAAUGAAGCUGACAGAUUUAGUAAUCUACCAGAAGCUCUUAUUCAUCAUAUUCUUUCUUUCCUCGACAUGAAAUGUGUUGUCCAAACAAGCAUUUUGUCUAGGAGAUGGAGGUAUGUAUGGACUACUGUCUCUACUCUUGUCUUCAGCGUCAAUGCGUUUGUCAGUCCUGGAACUGUACUACAGAUGAAUAAGUUUACAAGGUUUAUAGACAAGGUACUCUUACUAAGAGGCAUAUCUGACAUAAAGAAGUUUCAUCUUCGGUGGGUAGACAACUUGUUCGAUACAUGUACAGUAAGAGAACUUCUGAAAGAGCAUCUAAAUACAUGGAUACUUGUUUCUCUAAGUCGUAGUGUUCAAGAAUUACUGAUACAGAUUGAUACUGCUGCUAAUUAUCAUUACCUGGAAAUUAGGUUUCCACAUUGCCUCUUCAAUUCUCAGUCGUUAAGGAAGUUGGUGUUAGAUUUGACUGGUGAGGUACAAUCAUGUGUUCUUCUUCCUAACUCGAUUGAUUUACCUAGGCUCAAAUUUUUGUCGCUUAGUUCAUUUUAUACUCAAGAUGUGAAUUCGAUUAAUAAGCUUAUCUCAAGCUGUCCAGUUCUUGAAUCGCUCGUCUUAAGAGAGAUUUGGAUAGAAAGCGGCAAUGACAUGAGUAUCAGUAUUGAGUCUCCUGAACUGAAACACUUAGAAAUUGUAAGUGAGAGUGAGUUACAUGAGCCCGAGUAUCAAACGGCCAAAACUAUCAGGUUAUCUACUCCAAAGCUUAUAUCAUUCGUUUGUAGUGCUUACAUGGUGCAAGAAUACUGUCUAGAGAACCUCUCUUCUCUAGUCACUGCUACUAUUCAAAUGACACUAGAAGGCAGCUUGCAUUUAGAGGGAGUUGAUUUGGAGCUUUCUGUGAAAGAGAAAAAUAGAGCAUAUCCUAAGCGUAUGAGGGAAUUCUUGAAAGGACUUCAUAAUGUGGAAGAACUAACUGUUCCAUCGCCCGAUUUUGUUCAGGUUCUCGGAGGAUCUCCCAGCUUGAUAGAGGUCCAACCCUCUCCUCAGUUCUAUAAUCUACGACGUUUGAAGUUGGAAACAUCGUUUACAAGAUGCUGCUUGCGUGCAACGAUAUACUUACUCAAAACAUCUCCUUCUGUAGAAUAUCUGUUUCUUGCAAGAUACGAGUCGGGCUUACUCGAUAUUGAUGCUGAUGGUGAAUUGGGAUUGGCAUUGUCAUGUCUAAUGUUUCACCUUAAGCAUGUUGAGAUCAGAAAUGUCCAAGGCUGUGAGAAUGAACUUAAGUUUCUGGAGUUUUUGCUGAAGAAUGCUGUAGUUUUGGAAAACAUGGUUAUGUCUUUUGAUACAACAAGCUCACGAGAUACAACUACCUCAGCUGAUAGACGGAAGCUAAUGAAGACAUAUAAGGAGAGGCUAAGAACACUUCCUAGAGCUUCGCUAAGUCUGACAACAAUCUUCCUUUAAUUUUAUUAGAUACCAGUUCAAUUGAUGAUGUUCUUGUUCUUCUUUAAUACAGAACCUGUAUUUUUGUAUAUCCCUUUUAUCGCGGAGUUGCUUUCAUGACUAUUUACAUGAGGUUAUUUUAAAUUAUAACUAUCUUUUAGAUACAAGUUCUUCAAAUCUACCUGAGAUCUAAUGCAGUUGUUCUUCUUUGUAGAUAGUAUAUAUAAGAGUUGUCAGAAGUACCAUGUUCCGUCUUUUCCUGCUUACAGUACAGUAUUCGAAAUAGAUAAAGUCCAGUUAGAAGUGGAAGACUACUGAUGGACGGAAAGUCUACCUGCUUGGACCUGUUGAAGACCACGCCAUGAACUGAAAAGCAAGCAUUUCCGGCCAUACCCCCAAGUGCAAAGAACACUGCACAGGAAAAAUAACUGCCAACAUUACUAGGAGGAUGCUUUUACUAUUUCCACCCCAGCUUUUCUCAGAACAUGGACACGUGUACCUUGCCCAUUUUCACUUGCAUAAUUUGGGUCAACAUUCCACUAACACAUAAAAGUCAACGACCACCAAGAUGGCAGUAACUUGUCUGAUCACUAACUUAUCUGUUCUCUGAUCAAUUGCGAGUAGUGAUUUGUUUUGUACAGAGAGAGAGAUGGUAGGAUCACAGUGUUGUGAGAAUCCACCAGGUUUUAGUUUAAGUUCAGGAAUUGGAUGUGUUGAAGAUAUUGGAGGUCUUGAAAGCUAUACUACAGGUUCUUUGAGUUCAAAGCUUGGAAUUCUUCUUGUUUCUGAUGUUUUUGGAUUUGAAGCACCUAACUUAAGGAAGCUGGCAGAGAAAGUAGCAGCCGCUGGAUACUAUGUUGUGGUUCCUUAUUUCUUACAUGGGGAUCCUUUUACUCCUGGACAAUCUCUGAUGACAUGGUAUAUGUCUCAUCUAGCAGAGAAUGCAGCUGAAGAAGCUAGACCGGUAAUGGAAGCUCUAAGAAGCAAGGGCAUUUCUGCAAUUGGAGCCGCAGGGAUCUGCUGGGGUGCAAAGGUACUCGUGGAACUAUCGAAGUUAGAUGAUCUUAAAGCUAUAGUGAUGCUCCAUCCUUCACUCGUUACUGUCGAUGAUAUUGAGGAAAUCAAGGUACCUGUUUCAAUACUGGGAGCUGAAAGCGACCAUAUUUCUCCACCGGAACUCGUGAAAGAAUUUGAAGAAGUUUUAUCAACUAAAGCUGAGGUGGAUAGCUUUGUGAAGAUAUUUAAUGGGGUUAGACACGGAUGGACUGUGAGAUACAACAUCAAAAAUGAAGAAGCUGUGAAGCGUGCAGAGGAAGCUCAUAAUGACAUGUUAGAGUGGUUCUUUAAGCAUGUGAGGAGUUCUUGUGUUUGCCGUAAAAGUGCUUUAUAGCUACUAUUGUAAGUCAGGGUUGAUAAUGGUGGUAUUAGGCCAGACCAGAGUGUACAUGCUUAAGGUCUUAUAGGGCCAUUGCAUGCCAAAAGGUAAAUAAAAACAGAUUGUUCUUCCAGAUCAAAUUCUUCUUUUUAAGCACUCAGAGCUGUUUCCAUUUUUAAAUGCUACGUGGAGGUAGCUCUCUGUACAAGAUAUAAAUGGCUAGCUGAAACCCGACCUGUGUGAGUGCAUGCUGACUUUUUGAGUACUGGUGCCUCUUUCAAAGAUGCAGGUUCUAGCACCCCUAUUUCUGUCCUCGCACAUAAGCUACUAGGUCUGCACAAUGCGAGAUAUCUUAUGUUGAAGAUGUGUUGUAAUUAAUGGUCUCAACUUUGUUUUGCAGGAUUUGAAGCACCUAACUUGAGGUAUAUAUACAAGUAAAAUUGGAUUUCUAUUAUUCUUGAAUGCUGCUUUACUUGGCAUUCAACUCUUAGAAGCCUUGGUACUUUUUGAUAAUAUUAAAAUUUGAAACCUCUAGUGAUAUGUACACGUUUUCUAAUAUCAGGAAGCUGGCAGACAAAGUAGCACCCGCUGGAUGUAAAUGAUAACAUGCUUUCUAAUAUCAAGCUUUUUCCCAGUUUUUAAAUGCUAUAUGGCGGUAGCUCUCUGUACUAGGUCUGCACUACGUGGCUGACUGGCUACAAUAGCUUAACUGAAUAUGAAUAGUCAUAACAAAAUUUUCUUCACUAAAAAAUUUAAGAUUUGGACUGCAGAUAACAUUAAGAAAGUAAUCUAGAUUAUCUAGGUUCCUCAACCUAUGUCAUCAGUGGCGUCAGAAGAUUUAUAAUAUAUAGAGUUUUUGGUCAACAUUCCACUACAAAGAACCCAACAACCAAUUUCUGUCACCAUCUCUUUUCUGUUCAUUUUUGAAGCAUUAAAAUAGUGUAAGAGAGUAGGGAUUUGCAUUAUUGAGAGAAGAAUGGCAGGACUUCAGUGUUGUCAGAACCCACCAGAUAUUAGUUUAAGUUCAGGAAGUGGAUGUGUUGAAGAAAUUGGAGGUCUACAAAGCUAUGUUUCUGGUUCUUUGGAAUCAAAGCUUGGAAUUCUUCUUGUUUCUGAUGUUUUUGGUACCCAUUUUGAUUCUUGACUGUUAAAAUCUCUAGUUACUACUCAUACUGCAAGUUAUCUCAUGACUUUUUGGUAAUGACCCAUUUUGAUUCCAACUUUCUGUUGCAGGAUUAAGUGUGUGAAGACUCCAAAUGUUUUCAAGAGUUUUUUGAAUAGUUGUUUAACUUCUGACUUGAUCGCCAAUAGAAUUUUAUAGAGCACUUGUUUAUACACUGACGUUCUAAUUAAUCCAUUUCAUUUAUGUUUGUGAUCAAUAUCUGACAUCCUUCAUGUUCUAUGCAAAAGGAAUUUAGCUGACAAAGUUGCAGCAGCUGGAUUUUAUGUUGUAGUUCCUGAUUUCUUUUAUGGGGAUCCUUACACUCCUGACAAGGAUUUACUAGUCUGGUUUCAAUCUCAUGGAACGGAUAUGGGAACUGAAGAGGCUAAACCAGUUAUUGAAGCUCUAAAAGUUUAAGGAAUUUCUGCCGUUGGAGCUGCAGGGAUGUGCUGGGGCGGGAAAGUAGUUGGUGAACUAGCAAAGUCUGGUGAUCUCAAAGCUAUAGUGAUGAUGCAUCCUUCACUCGUUACAGUCGAUGAUAUCAAGGAGAUCAAGGUACCCAUCUCCAUAUUGGGAGCUGAAGUCGACCAACUGUCUUCACCAGAACUUGUGAAGCAAUUUGAACAAGUUUUACAAACCAAAUCUGAUCAGGUGCCUAGCUUUGUGAAGAUUUUUAACGGGGUGGAACAUGGGUGGACUGUAAGAUACGAAAUCGAAAACAAAGAAGCUGUAGAGCAUGCUGAAGAAGCCCAUGCUAACAUGUUGGAGUUGUUCUCUAAAUAUGUCAAGUAAGAGUUACGCGAUGAACGUAAACACCAAUAUAAGUGUGCCAGACUAAAAUUAUCAUCCUAUCCGUAAUAAAACUCAUGUUUCACGUCAUUUUUUAUAGAGCUGGCAAUUUCUGACCCUCCAUGGAGGUAGCUUUCUGUAAAAGAUGUUAAAUGGCUGAAACCCGAUCUGCGGUGCAUACCGUUAUUUUGAAUAUUGGUGGCUCUUUGAGUUUUAUGAACAUGCAGUAGUCCUGUUGCCCCAUAACUAAAAUAUUCUUUACUCAAAAAAAAAAAAAA